AUGGAGUAUCGCGAAAUGAGCAUUGUAACGGUUGAAGAGACUACUGAAUUGUUACCGAGACAUGAUGACGAGGAUGAGAGUUAUUUCGUUGAUUACGCGAUACAAAAAGAGAUUAUCAAUCGUAAUAGAACACCCACGAGUCGGAGAUUGUUGAGUCAAGCCGCUUGCACUGAUAAUAAUUUGGCUAACAGUAAUGUGCAGGCGUCCAAUAAGGAUUUUCCGGUAAUUAGUUUUAUCCACACUUCAGGACCUAAUUGGCCGCCGUCGCGUAAGCGCGAAGAGGCGCGUGCACUUGAGAAUUUACGUAAACGCGUUGAACAAUCUAAACUAUGUAAGGUCAAUCAAACAACGGAAACCAGUGGCGAUGCCACAACAUCAAAUGCUCAAACCGAUGGAGAAUCCUUCCAGCAACUCGACAAUCGGCCCAAUUUAUUAAAAAAGAUAUUGAGCCACAAGACAAUGAGCAUAUCCCACGAUAUUACCGACUUGCAAACCGAUUGGAGGGACAGUGAAUUCAUCACAGAAUGCUUGUGCUGGCACAACGUAUAUCGACAACGUCACAAUGCCCCGACUCUAACAAUGUCACCCCAGUUGUGUGAAUAUGCUCAGACGUGGGCGAAUCAUCUAGCCCAUACGAACACAUUCUACUACAGAAAUGAUCGUGAAAUUGGACAGAAUCUCUAUUGUCGCCCAGGGGGUGCUGUGCCAGGCGAAGUGAACGGUCAGGAGGUCGCUUCCUACUGGUACUCAGCAGUAAAACAGUACGAUUUCUUCAAAGAGCCGGAUGUACUCCACACGAACGUCAAUGCUGGUCACUUCACGCAAGUAAUAUGGGCCAGCAGCCAGCUGUUUGGAGUUGGCAAGGCACGAAGUAGGAGUGGGAAGAUAAUCGUCGUUGCCAAUUAUCAGCCCAUUGGCAAUGUAUCUGGACAAUUCCAAAGGAACGUCUUACCACCACUUCCGGACUGCGGAAAUCUGCCUUUGCCACCGCCACCGCGUGUCAGAGAGUGCGAGGAGCCCAAUUUGUCGGAUGCGUCAACCAGCAGUAGUAGUUCAAUCAGCACCCAAUAAUACAGGCGGGGCAACUGCUUUGUCAAUUUUUGCACUUCGUGGGGUGGUGGGAGAAGUUGAUACCUAUGUCAACUAACCCAGCGAACAAUUCUUGUCGUCUGAGCACAAGUGAUAAAAAUUUACAGAAAAACGUAGCGUUUUGAGUAAUGAAUUUGAUUAAUUUUCAAUUGGACUUCUGUUAGAAUUAUAUUGGAAUUCUGUUAGUUUUUUG